AAAUGGUACGGAACCCUUCAAGGGCGAGUCUGACUCGCACUUGGCCGCUUUUUAUUCUUAAAGCCACAGAUAAAAAUAUAAAAUAAUUUUUAAGGAGUGCUAGUUUUGGAAAUAUUUUUUUUCUAUGUUGUAUAGCCGGUGAAACAAGUUUGUCAGAAGAAAAAGGCGCGAAAUUCAGAUUUUCUAUGGGACGAUAACCUUUCGCGCCUAGAUUUUUUAAAUAAGCCGCUUUUCUACUGACGGAAAUGGCUUGACAGACUAUAAUACAGAUGGCACUAAAAUUGUUUUAUCUUUUUUCAGGCGGCUAACGUAACUUAUUUGCUGAAAUCAUCUGAAAUGUUGCUAGCUAUGAUUUGUCAACUUUUUACUAGUAUCAAGUAAAAAAAAUAAAAACCGGUAAUGUAUCGUAUAAAACCUGACAUCACAUAUAUUGGACAUCACUAAUUAUGAUGGCCGCACGUCGUCCGUCGGCAGCUGUCACUGACAAAUUCGUCUGCUUCGUGUAAAUUUGUGUGAUGAACAAGUUUAGAAUUUUUUAUUUCUUGCAUAAAUAUGGUGUACAUUAACAGAUAAUGGAUCGUCUGAUUGCCUACUUUACUGUUAACUUAAUAAAUUGUGUAUAAGCUAACUAAACUGUGUUGUUUUUGAUAUAAUGGAGGAUCUCAAUUUGACAGAAACCGAAAUGAGAUAUUUCGGUGAUUUGUUUUUAUGUUGUGACGAGGAAUCGAAUGGGAAAAUACCAAUUUUGAAAGCAACGGAACUAUUUAGAUCAUCUAAUGUACCUAACGAUAUCCUAAAACAGAUCAUGGAUAUAAGCGUGGCACCUAGUAACUCAGCAUCGCUGAAUCAUAUGAACAGAAAACAGUUUUAUUCUACUUUAAAAUUAAUAGCAGCUCAUCAAACAAAUGUAGCAUUGAAGCCUGAACUUCUGUCCACUCCCCUGGAUCUGCCCCUGCCAAGGUUUACGUGGGCACUUAAUUCCGAGGCUAGCGCAGACUUAAUACAAUUAUCUAAUUCACCUAAGGAACAACAUAUCCCUAAGAGAGAAAGGAAUUUUACCAGUAACAUUGGAUCAUAUGAACCCAUAAGAUUACAGUCCAAUUUGUCUGAUAGUGAUGUGCCACAAACCCUGUCUCAUGAUAACACGGAAGCUCUAAGCACUGACUCGGAAAUGGAGUCUGAAACAAUGUCACAGAGGUCAGAUACACAUGGGCGACGAGGUAAAAACGGAUCACCAUGGAGCACAGCCAGUGAAAGUCCGACACCAACCAACAGUGUAGCGGAGCGGGUGCAUCCAGUGUGGGAGCACAGCGCCACCGGCCGCGGUGUGUGGCCCGCCAACACUGGCGAGGAACAUACUAGGCUAUUGGGCACGGAGGAGGAAUCAUCCGACCGACAUUCAUCCGAAGAAGAAGGCGAGCCAGAAGGAGAAGAGGCGACGAGCGACGCCUGGGGCAUCAGCAACGAACAAGCGCAGCAUUAUGCUUCCCAGUUUGCGCAGCUGCGGCCUGAGCGCGGGCUGCUGUCCGGCCACACUGCCAGGUUGUUCUUCGAAAAAUCCCGACUAUCCGUGCCAGACCUACGCAAGAUAUGGCAACUGUCCGACAUCAACAAGGACGGCAUGCUUUCCUUGGAAGAGUUUAGCAUCGCCAUGCACCUAAUAGUCCUGCGGCGUGCCGGAGCGCCCGUCCCCUCCACCCUGCCCCCCGCCCUGGCCCCCAAAGGAGACCCAAGGUAUUCCCAACCUACUACAGAUCUAGUAGACCUAGGGGCCGACAUGUUCGGGUCCGGGACCUCCGCCGAUUUUAACUUCGCGCCUAAAACCGAAGCUCCCGAUCCGUACGAAGCGAAACCGAAACCCGACGACCGCGGGCCCUCCCUCACCCCGCCGAAACCCGAUCCGCAAGUGAACAAUAAAGAGUGGACGAAGUUCGUCGACUCGCCGACUUCGAGCGUCUCGAGCCCCGGCCCUAAACCGGUAAACUUCGACUUCCACAAGUCCGCCCUAGAGCGGGAUCCGAAGAUAUAUCACCCGGUCGCGUUAAGAGUGACUCCGGACGUAACACUACCCCACGGAGAGGAGCUCCGAUCGAGCACUUCACCCAGGCGGGACGACUUCGCCCACGCUUUUGAGUUAGCGAGUCCGAAGCGGUUGAAUCCACCGGCCGAACCCGCGCCCAACGGAGCGCCACAAGAAAUCAAAUCGAUCCAGCGCCCGCAGCCGAAGAAGCCCCUAAAAAGCGCCGGAGCCCUGCCGCCGCCGCCGGCGCGCGAGUCGUCGGUGCACGCGGACGAGGGCCCGUCGUCGCUGCAGUACGCGCCCAAGAAGGAGCCGCCGCCGCCGCCGCCGCCGCGCCCGCUGCGCCACCACGCGCGCUCCAGCUCGCUCGACCUCAACCGCUUCAAGGCCGCGCCCGCGCCGCCGCCGCAGCCGCCGCCGCCGCCGCGCCUGUCGCCGGCCGCCGCCUCGCCGCCCCAGCGCCGCCUCCUCAACCAGCGCAGCGAGGGCGAGCCCGCGUUCCCGCCCGACGCCUUCGCCCCGAGGGGGGACUACGACGGCGAGGGCUUCGGCUACAAUAGAGAGGACGCCCCGAAGAUGCACGGCGCGUUCGAGGUGUACCGGAAACCUAGCCGGGAGGGCUCGGUGGGGGCGGAGGAGCCGAGCGUGCGAGCGUUGCAGGAGCAGAAUGCGGUGUUACACCGCGUGUGCCGCGCGCUGUGUGCCGAGCUGGCCGACGUGGCGCGCGAGCGGGAGCAGCUGCGAGUGCGCCUGCAGCCCCGCGACGCCGUGUAGCCGGCCGCGGGGGGCGCGCGCGCCCGCCGGUGACACCCCUGACGUGGGCGAUGGCUGAGCUACGAGACCGACGUACGUUGCAAUUUACCGUUUAAAUAUAUUCCUAUUUCGAAGUACACGUUGUCUAUGGGGUAAAUUUGAAGUGUACAUUUUUAAAUCACUAAUCGGGCAACGAUUGGUGAUUAUCGCAAAAAAAAUAUCUAAAGACACCGGCUGCGUGUGCGUAAAUGUGCACGUGCGCGUGGUGUGGAGUUUCUCGUAAGGAUCCGUAUAUUACAACGCGCACGUCUACGCACAGUCGCACACGCAUUCGGUAUGCACAGGCCUUUUUUGAAUGAUAUCUUUGGUAUAAAUUUGGAUAAGUUCAUGUGUAAGAUGCUGCGAUCGGCCAGUGUCACGAAGCCAUAAGAAAGAUUUACGCUUACAUCGCAUACUGCUUAUGGAUCGUUUUUACUUGAUAGACUGUAUAAAAGUCAAUAGUCCUGGCUAGCUACCUAUCCUGUUUUAAGAUUAUACACGUUUUAAAAGUGCCUAGUUUUAAUAAACGUUUAAUGUAUUAAAAAGGGCAAAUUUCUACAUAUUUUUUUACGAUACCUGCGUUUGAUCGAUACAUAUUUAUAUUGCUACGUUGAAUCGACAGAACGCUUGAAUACUUUUAUAAUAAUAUUUAAAGGACAUUUUAUAACAGGAUAGGUGGCCCGGCAAGCGGUCGAAAACCCUGCUACGCGAAGUAAAGCUAAAAAGCUAUCAUGUAUUUACCAUGAACAGCUAUUAUUGUAUCAAUCAUUUUGUAUUAUUUGAUGUAUGUAAUCUCAAGAAACUAUGGGAAUAUUUUUGCAUUUUACUUAUUGUAUCCCAGUCACGUAUAUCGAUAGCUCGAAAUAUCGAUAAUUUAGAAUAGUUUUCGUUAUCUCAUCGAGACAAAAACAAAAUUGAUUCCAUUCCUAAUAAUUUUAAAUUGUAUAGCGGAGAUAAUCGAUAUGUAUUCGAUUACAUUUUGAACAAUAUAUCGGCAAAUUUUACCCGAUACUCAUUUGCUUCGGCAUGUAAGUAGCUUUAAGAGGCUGUAUACUUGAAUCACACAUUUUUCUCCAUUUAAGUCCCAUAUAGUAUAAAUUAUGUUAAUAUAAAUAUAUGGAUAUUUUAUACUCUGGCGGCUUAUAUUAAUCUCAAAAGUGAAAAUGAUCCUUGACUAACCUAGUAAUUUAUGUAUAAUAUGAUAACUAACUAUCAUUAUUAGUCACAAACCUAACGUCAGUAUAUGUUUUAUUUUAUAAAUUAUGUAAGACUUAAUACAUUUAAUUGCAUAUCUGGCUAGUUUAUAUGUAUAAGUGAUUUCAAGAUACAUUGAUUGAGUAAGAUGCAUAAAAUCCAAGACAAUUUCGUGCUUCGAAUUUGACAAGUAAACGAGAUGGCGCUGUACAGCUCCAUACAUUUUGCGGUAACUCUGAUUGUCAAUAGUUGACGUUUGACAAUUCAGUGACCGCAAAAUAUAUGGCGCAGUACAGCGCCAUCUGUUUUCGAUGUCAAACUAAGGGGCACGUUUUUUUCUUAGACUUUACCUCGCUAUUGCAAUCAAUUCUCUUUGGUGCUAUACAGUUCGCACACGAAGUUUGAAGAAGCAAAAUGAAGCUCCCCUACGCCCUAGGGCCUAAUGCACUCCCGCUUUUCAAGAAACGAAUCCACGCUUUUCGUGCUCGAACUGUAUUGUAUACCGCACGAACAACCUAUUAGAAUAUAAUAUUAUGGUAUACAUGCGAUUUAAGAAUGAAUUAGUUUACCAUUUUGCUUUGAAUACAUAUUUGGUCUUAACAAAGUAAUAUUCUUCUUAUUUAUUCUGUGUAUGAUUAUAUCGAUGUCACAGUUGACUGACAAUUAUUUUCUAGACCUUAUUACAAAUACAUAAAGCCUUGCCUCUCGUGUGCCGGAAUUAUUUUUAAUAGUUUCGUCGUGUCGUACAGCUGCGUUCGUGACCCACAAAUGGUCUAGCCGGAAGAUCAGCGCUGAUUUUUGAGUUAGCAUUCAUGCUGAGGCGGGACCAUUUCGUGGUAAACUAUUUAUUUAUUCUAUGUUUCUUUCUUUUGUUAUGUUGUUAUACUUUUGUAUGUUAUAGUUUAUCACGAAUAAAUGCAAUGAUUUCUGAUUUCUUAGUUUCCUCGUACGCGGUUCCGCGGAAACGACGGCUUACUGGUCAUUUUAUUGUAACAGACUUAAUAGAGUCAGCGGCAGGGAAAUAGUAUAUAUGAAUAAUUAUAUGGAGGGAGUAUUUGAUUUUGCUAACUGUAUUAACUACGUAAGGCCAACCUCGGGAGUAACUGGGUCUUUUUCUGUCACAUGUAUCUAUUGUAUCUAAAACGAAUAAUAUAAUUAAUAUAUUAUAAUUAUAUAACAAUUCCCAACCUUACUGGGUUAAAAUGGCAUGACGGUAAAAUGUUCAGUUAUAUCUCUGAUUUCAAAUGCAAUGAAGUUUAAUGACCAAGCAAAAUGUAAUUCUGUAGGUUUAAAUUACUUUCUCAUUGCUUGUUUACACUCAUUAUUACAGGUAGUUAAAACUUAAACCGCUUGCAGAGUUCCGAUAGGAAUCUUGAAUAUUAACGACAAGGAAAUCAAAUGCAAAAUUCACAACAUGUUUACUAAACCAUUUUAAUUACCACAGACUAUUCGAAUUUGGUUUUUUGGACAAAUUAAGUAUGUACUUUAAAUUUUAUUGUUAUUUGAGAUAAGUAAUAAAAUCAUAGCCAUAUGAGUAAAAAAAUAAUAAAGAUUGCUAAUUUUCAUACGAAGUUGCCUUCCUCAGGCAUAGAGUUAAUUCAAAGAAUUGUAGAUAUCCCAGUGCGAUAUAAAACAUUGGCUAUGCAAAGUUGUGAUGUGGCAGCCGCCUGAGUGGUAGGCCGUCGACUUCCGACCGAUUAUGUCAUUUAAAUUUCAAAUUUAAUUAAUUGAAAUAAAAUAAAAAUUGGCGCUUGAAGAGUUAUUGUAUGUUAUGUCAAAUAUCAUAAAAAAUUGGGUCUAUUAGAUAAAUCUUUGGCGUGUGCUGGUAUCGUUUUGACUUUCCCUAACAAUAUCCCGGUCUAACGGUGCAAAAACUCAUAAGUAGGUAUCAAUUCAAGUGCAAUCGAGAAAUUUCUAAAUCAUAAUAACUGAAUAAAUAAAUCAUAAUAAAUAUGACUUCUUGUCGAUCCAAACGUUAUUAAUUAAAAGCUUCCGCUCUUUCAUUACAGACUUGCAAACAUUUUUCAUUUAUUCGUAUCGAAACUAUAAAUAACCAACAUCUGAUAUUGAUUCAAGUAACUCUAACUAGAGUUAAAAAUUAAAUGAAUUGAAUUGAAUUAAAUGAAUGAAUUGAAUUUAGUUCAUAUUUUUGUAAUCACGAUUAUAAUAUUUUAUGAUUCAUUGAUUACAUAACGGUAGUAUUAUUCCAAAGUUUAUCAAUAUGGACCUAUAAAGCAACUCUUAAGAAUCUCUUAAAGUUGUCCCCGUUUAGGGUUUGCACUAUGGAUCCGAAAUGUAUGGGAAGAUCGCGGAUAAUUUUAUACAUUUCGGAUCCGGAUUGCAAACCCUAUCCCCGCUAGACCGAGAUUUGUCCCUAACACUUUGCAACUUAAUAUGGAUUAGCAGUCUAUUAUUUACUAUUCUCUAUGGAAUGAUCGCCAAAUUGAAAUAACAUAUCGCCUUCGUACGAGUAUGUAAUUGUGUUUAAGGUUGUGCACUAUUUGUUAUCCGUUCCUUCCGAGCAUAGCUUUAUAUUCGCGUAUUGUCUAAGUAGUGCCGGUAACUAACGCUUGCUAAAUGUAAAUCAAAUAUUAAUUCUAAGAGAAUUUUGAAGUAUUCGCAAAAAUCGUGCAUCGAGUUGGAUAAUUGAACUAGAUGAUGAUAUACGACAUGCCGGCCAUAUUUUGUGGUAACUGGAUUAUCAAACGUAAACUUUUGACUUUGUUCUCAGACUUUACAACUCUUUUAUAAUUACUAAAUCUUUGGUGAAAAUGAAGUGUUAGCAUUUACGUUGGUUUGGUGUAGUCGCUGGAUGGAUGACUAGGUUCUAGGUUUCAUUUAAACUAACAGUCUUUUUGACUUUUCGUCAAACUUCUGACAAAAGAUAAUUUUAAAGAAUACCUUAAUUGACAGUUAAAGUAGACUGUGAUGUAUGGUUACAUAAGAUUAGUGCUUGACCACCCUAGUCUAGUUAUCACAUUAUACAGCGCCAUCUCUUUAAGCUGUCACAUUUUCGGCUACAACGUUAAUAAUUAAUACUAUUUUUACUCGUCUUAGUAUUCCUUAAUCAACGCCGUACAGUAAAAUCAAACAAGUGAUUCAAGGGCUUAUUUAAUGACAAACCAAUAUUUUUUUUAAAGUAAAAUCACUUAAAAGGUCUUUCCUAAAGUAUAUAAUCAUUUUACGUAUAUACGUAUACUUUAGGGUUAAAGAUUAACUUUUAAAAUCUACUAUCGGAUGACUAGGAAUUCUCUUGGGUUGGAUUUAAAAUGCAAACAUAGUAACCUGCGUCCUAACAUUCAGCCAGCCAAAUGUAUGUUGUUCGCUAUAAGUAUGCCUAUGUCCGUACCAGUAUAUUCUUCGUAUACGGUACCAGCUGCAUUGAAGUCAUCGAGUAGUGUAGCAUCGCUUGUAUGUAUUGCAUUCCUCUGUAUAUCUUACUGUAUCGCUUAUAGCUAUUGUAUAAAUAUAUAUUAUAUAAAUAUCAACUCGCGAAGUUGUUAAAAUGUGAAUGUUGUAUAAUAUGCAUUAGUAUAGGGAUUGUAAAAAUGAACUAUCAAGAGAUCACUAAAGUUCGGCGUUUAAAUGGUUAGAGAAGAUAGAAAUGUAAGCGCCUUGGUCAGCCGAAAGUUGUUGUAAACAAGAUAUAUAUUACAAUUAUAGCGUAGUGUACAAUUUUAUUGAAUUUGUGUGAAAACGAUUUGUAUCAUAAGAUUACUGUAAAAGUAUUUAUCAUUUAUUUUAGUUUUACGGAAUGUCCCGAGCGACUCGCUCGCUUGUAAAUAUAAUUUCUCGUUCCGCGUUUUACUAUCCUCAAUAUCUGAAGCUUGAUAACCCCACUGAAAUACAUUUCGGUCCAAUUUUGAAGUACUUUUCACCAUUGUAUUUACCUAUUUAUAUGUUUCUUAAAGUUUAUACAGUAAUGCUUAAAUAUUAUUGUAGUAAAAUAUGUACAAUAAAUUUAUUUCAAAAUUU